CCCCUAGCGUCCCUCUGCCGCCGGCCGCCUAGCUCCGCCGGGAGCUGCCGCCGCGCCUCCCUGGCCCUCCGCCCGCCCAGCCCCGCCCGGACCAUGGCCUCCGAGGUGGCGCGGCACCUGCUCUAUCAGUCUCACCUGGCGACAAACACAGCUUAUAUGUCCUCAUCAGUAUCUGACAAUGAGCAGAAACAAAAAAAAGAAAACACUCGUUCUUUAACCAUGUCUGGUCAUGUUGGUUUUGAGAGCUUGCCUGAUCAGCUGGUCAAUCGAUCAAUCCAGCAGGGCUUCUGCUUUAACAUCCUCUGUGUGGGGGAGUCUGGAAUCGGAAAAUCAACGCUGAUUGACACGUUGUUUAAUACGAAUUUUGAAGACCAUGAAUCCUCCCAUUUUUACCCACAUGUUAGACUUAAAGCUCAGACAUAUGAUCUCCAGGAAAGUAACGUUCGAUUGAAACUGACCAUUGUGAAUACGGUGGGAUUUGGGGACCAAAUAAACAAAGAAGAGAGUUACCAGCCAAUUGUGGACUACAUAGACGCUCAGUUCGAGGCCUAUCUCCAGGAGGAACUGAAGAUCCAGCGCUCUCUCUUUAAUUAUCAUGACUCCCGCAUCCAUGUGUGUCUCUACUUCAUCUCACCCACGGGCCACUCCCUGAAGACCCUGGACCUCCUGACCAUGAAGAGCCUUGACAGCAAGGUGAACAUUAUACCAGUGAUUGCCAAAGCAGAUGCCAUUUCUAAAACCGAAUUACAGAAGUUUAAGAUCAAGCUCAUGAGUGAACUGGUCAGCAAUGGUGUUCAGAUAUACCAGUUCCCAACAGAUGAUGAAACUAUUGCCAAAAUCAAUGCUUCCAUGAAUGGACAGUUGCCAUUUGCCGUGGUUGGAAGUAUGGACGAGGUGAAAGUGGGCAAUAAGAUGGUCAAAGCGCGCCAGUACCCUUGGGGCGUCGUGCAAGUGGAAAAUGAAAACCACUGUGACUUUGUCAAGCUCCGGGAGAUGCUCAUCUGCACGAACAUGGAGGACCUGCGAGACCAGACCCACACGCGGCACUAUGAGCUGUACAGGCGCUGCCGGCUGGAGGAAAUGGGCUUCGCCGACAUGGGCCCGGAGAGUAAGCCGCGCAGUCUGCAGGAGACCUACGAAGCCAAAAGGCACGAAUUUUACGGUGAACGUCAGAGGAAAGAGGAAGAAAUGAAGCAGGUGUUCGUGCAGCGUGUGAAGGAGAAAGAAGCUGUGUUGAAAGAAGCUGAAAGAGAGCUGCAGGCCAAAUUUGAGCACUUGAAGAGGGUCCACCAGGAGGAGAAGAUGAAGCUUGAGGAAAAGAGAAGACUCCUGGAGGAGGAAAUCAUCGCUUUCUCCAAGAAGAAAGCUACCUCCGAGAUUUACCAGAACCAGCCCUACGGGGCCCCAGGUGGCAACCCCAGGAGGGACAAGGACCGAAAGAACUCCAAUUUUAUGUAAAACAAAAGGUUCCAGAUCACAGAAGGUCAUCACAAGCAAACCUAUGUUAGAAGAAUUCUUUGAUUUUCUUACUGUUUUUUUUUGUUUGUUUGUUUAUUUGCUGUAUUGUUUAUUCUAUAUCUGGCAAAUGGCUACAGUUGCUGUCUCUUAUGGAAAAAUACUUUUAAGUAUGAGGUCAAUACAUAAGCCAGAUUGGAAGAUAUCAUAUAUGUGUUCACUGUUAGAAGUUUUUAAGUUGUUGGUUUGUGAUGAAUCGAGGUAAUUUCUCCUGCUGUCCAGUUACUGGCCCUUUGCUGUGCAUUGUCCCUCGAGCAGAGUGCUGGUGCUUUUGAAAAUAUAGGACUCGUUUAUAUUAUGACUGUAUAAUUGCAUAUAUACUCUAGGAUGAGCCUUCUGUGUACAUACUCAAGGUAAACUUUGGGGAAUAUGUUUUAAAAUGUCUUAUGUACCUGAAACUAACCUCUCAAUAGUUUUAUAGAACUUUAAAAUUUUUGAUGCAAUUACACAAUUAGUAACAUGAUCCUAAGCUUUUGUAUCAAAUUAUAUAAUAUGCUGACCUUACAUGCUCAGUAUUGUGGUUGAUAUGCUGUUGUGAUGAAACACAAUAUGUUUAAAGCAAAAAAUUCAGGUAUGUAAACCUUUUUUCUAGUGAUAAGUACCUUUGAAAGUGGGUGUUCUUGCACAGUUUGCAUUAGUAUGUAUUAACAUUAUUUCGUCGUUCAAAACUUUCAGGAGAAAAAAUAUUUUUAAUUAUUCAAUUUUAAGAAAGUAACUGAACAUCUGAAUAUUAAAGAUAUAAACAUUUAGAUGAUUCAUAUCUUAAAGGAUAUUUGAAUUCAGUGCCUUAGUAUUUGCAGAACAAUUUCUAACUUUCUUAAUAGUCUAGGGGUGUAAGUUUUUGUACUUAAAUAUUCUAAAUAAAACAUAGUUAUUCUUGAUGAAUGUAUCUACAUAUUUACUGAACUAUGUUUAACUUUUGUAAUUGUCAACAUUUUAUCAAAAUUAGUUCAAUUAUCUGUUUGAAUUAUUUUAAAAACAGAGGGAUGUUACCAGUAUUUUUCAGACAACAGAAUGUUUACUUAAUCCACGUCAGAUUGUGAACACUCAUGAAGGUGUGUAAGUUGCAAAUAAAAUCUUCAUUUCGGGGA